CCGCAGCCAAUCAGGAAACGCUCCCAUCCGCCGACGCUGCAGUUUCCUCGGAACUUCCCUCCUCCACAAACCAAGAACUGAUUUCCUCGUCCACUUCUUCAGGCUGCUACAUUUUACCGCGUGUUAACGUCUUUCAGGCAGUCAUGCCGUUAGUCAAAAGAAUACAUGUCUUUCUUUUAUUUACAGCGUUUGCAACCUUCGCCUCAGCAGACAAGAUGACAGCAGCCACAGUGUACUGGGAUGUCCAACACAAGAUGGUCCUGCUCAAAGAAGGAGUGCUGGAGACAGAGGGGGACGCAUACGGGUACCUGAACGAUACUCUGUCCAACACAGGCUGGAGUGUCCUUGAGAUCCGUGCUGGCUAUGGGAAAACCCCUGAGACUGACGAGGUCACCUUCUUCUUGGCCGGCUACCUCGAAGGCUUCCUCACUGCCCAGCAGAUGAUGGACCAUUACACCAAUAUGUACCCACAGCUGAUCCACAACCCACAAGUGCUCGGUCCUGUUCAGAGCUUCAUGGAAAAACAGGAUUCCUGGGUCAGAGAACAAGUGAAAUUGAACAAGAGCUCUGAUCCACUGUGGAAACACGCAGGUUUCAUUGUGGCCCAGAUGGACGGACUACAAGCAGGAGCCAGAGACUGGGCCAAGAAACAGGGGAAAAAGCCACUGCCCCUUUUUGCCAUUCAGUUCCUGAAUGCAGUGGGAGAUUUACUGGAUAUGAUCCCAGCCUUGGUGCCCGGCUCUGCCCCUCCACUCAGAGACUUCCAGCUUCCAGGGAUGGGACACUGCUCCGCACUCAUCAAGAUGCUUCCCGGCUUUGAGGACCUCCUGUUUGCUCACUCCAGCUGGUACACGUAUGCUGCCACCAUGCGCAUCUACAAACACUGGGACUUCCAUGUCACUGAGCCCCACGCAGCCACUGGGAAACUGUCUUUCAGCAGCUAUCCUGGUUUCCUUGUGUCUUUGGAUGAUUUCUACCUCUUGGGCAGUGGUCUGAUGAUGACUCAGACCACCAACAAUGUCUUCAACUCCUCCCUCUUUGACACACUCACCCCCAAAAGCCUGCUGGCGUGGCAGAGGGUCAGACUGGCUCAUAGUCUGGCACAUACUGGAGAGGAGUGGGCCAAAACCUUCUCCAGGUAUAACUCUGGUACCUACAACAACCAGUACAUGGUGCUGGACAGGAGUAAAGUAAAGCUUGGCCACAGUGUUGAAGACGGUGCUCUGAUUGUGGUGGAGCAGAUCCCCGGCCUGGUGGAGUACUCUGACCAGACACAGGCUCUGCGCAGAGGUUACUGGCCUUCCUACAACAUACCUUUCCACCGGAAAAUCUACAUGCUGAGCGGUUAUGGAGAAAUGUGGACGCGCUAUGGAGAAGACUUCUCCUAUGAUCUCUGUUCCAGAGCCAAGAUCUUUCGUCGUGACCAGGCUGACGUCAAGGACCUGGACUCAUUGAAGCACAUCAUGAGGUUUAAUGACUACAAGAAGGAUCCAUACUCUAAAGGUAACCCCUGUAAGUCCAUCUGUUGCCGGAACGACUUGAGGUCAGAAACGCCUUCACCAGGAGGUUGCUAUGACACCAAGGUGACUGAUUUCCAAAUGGCCGGGGACUUCCGUGCAGAAGCAGUGAACGGACCGACCACGCAGGACGGACUCCCACCUUUCUCAUGGGAUCAAUUCAGCAACAUUAGCCACAAAGGUUUGCCACAGUACUACAACUUCACCUUUGUGAAGAUGCAGCCCCUUCUCUUCGAGCCUUGAGGCACAUGUGCAUGUGUGACAGAGAGAGAGAUGCUUUCUUUCUAAUGCUUUCAGAGCAAUGAAUGUUGAAUGUGUUAAAGGUGUGAUAUGUUCAUUCUGGGCUUCGUCUAUUAGUUUUUUUUCGCUGCUUAAUGAUCAGACUGGCGUCCCACCAACAUGUGUGUUCUUUUUUCGCUUAUACAUUGAUGAUUGAUGGAGCUGCCUUCCACCUGACAACAUGCAAAAAGCUGCUUUCAAGUCACUAUGUUAACACACACGAUACUCAGGGUUUGACUAAUUAAUGAUUUGUAAAAUAAUCUGCAUUGUUUUUAACACCUGCAGACAUGCAUGUCUUGAAUACUGAGAGUAACUUUGAUUAUUUUUUAUAAAAUGUGGUGCUCAUUAAA